ACUUCAUGACAAUCAAGCUUUAAGGAGUUUAGAAUGGGCGGUGCUAAAAGAAUAAAGACAAGAUUAGCAGAACCUUCAUAUAAAUAUGGUAGAGACAUACAACCACACUAUUUCACUUCCUCACACUUCGUUAUUAACUUCAUAUCUGACAUUGACGAAUUAAUAAACACAUACAAAAAUGAGAGACAAACAUCUGAAUUGGAUACAUUUAGCUUAUUUAUGAAAUGUUAUACUCGACUACGUUGGAGAAAUGUACACUUUAUUCACCUACACGCUCACAUUCGUAUUGGAUUUUAUCAAUCAAUUUUCAGGCUCUUAUUUGAGUUAUUUAAAGAACGUAAAGAGGAUUUUGACUCUAUAACUACGAUAUUACUCUUCAGCUAUGUCAUUUAUUCAACGCAACCAGAUGAUGAACAGCUAUUUAGAACGACUCAUAUACAGAUUGAGGUUGACACAUUGGAUGUGGUUUAUCAAACUCUUAACCAAUUAGAUGAUGCAGACUUACUCAAAUGGGCAAUAAAUCAACUUAAAUUCUCAAUUCACCCAUCGCAAUCAUUAUUACCACGGAUUAUACCCUCCUCAGAAGUCAAAAGAGUUAUACCAACGACAGAAAGAUCUGAACAGGUCAUUGAGAAACUUUUAGAUACCCAUGCGAGAUUAUACAGCUUAGAGAAGCGUUUAGAUCUAGUGAAGCAGGGUAAGUUUGAUGAAAUUAUGCUAGGUGAACAAUUAUUAGAGAGUGAUAUCACUGAAUUCGCUCAAAUUGAAGGUAUAAGUCAAUUUAACUUAUCUAAUGAGGACGAUAUAGACAAACUCAGACGAGUGCGAGCUUCUACGAUAAACAAACUAGUAGAUAUUGAAUCUGAAGCCCAUAAUCUAGGACUAGAUAGUAUGAAAAGUUUAAAUUUAUGAUGAUUCUACUUCCUUUUCUUGUAUUUUAUAACCUUUUACUCUAUGAUCUUUAAGCAUAUCGACGUAUCUAUUACUAAGCUGCUGACAGUUUGCGUAGUGAUUAACGCCUUCAUAUUGAUGGCAUUUUUGUAAUUCCUGUUUAACUAAUCUUAACUCCAUAGCGCUAACCCAGCUUUCUCUAAUGUGAUUAUCUUGAGCGUCUUUGAGUGCUUGUAAAUCCUCAAUCGAUGACAUUUUU